AAUUGGCAAUACUGCAAGAUUUAUGACAGCACGCAAAUUGACAUUUAUUAUUGUUGUUGUUACUCCGUAAUCGGCAGCGGCUGCCAUUGCAUUCAAAUUGGUGCUACGUAGAAAACACAGUUUCUUUGCAAACGUAAACAAAAAUGUUUCGCAAAUGUUUUGCCAGUGAUGAUCAAUACGAUGAGAGUUUCAAUGAUAGUUUCGAGACUCUGGAAAAGAUGUGCGACAAAACAGCAUCUGAUCCAGAUAGCACACUGCACAAAUAUUUAUAUGGUGAUCUAAAAGACGGGGAAGUGCAAGAUGGUAUGAAUAAACCUGAUGAACGUAACUUGGUUUCGAAUUUGCAGAAAAUGCAUAUUGAUCAAACAAAAGAAUUUAAGAAUAUAUCUUGCGGUGAUAUGACACAACUAGAUGAUAUUGAGCCUCCAACACGUUUGUGGGAAAAUACCUUUUUAGAUUUAGUAGAACCAGAAAUAUCACCAGUCAAAAUGGUCGGUUUAAUGCGUCCGUCCACUAUCAUGGAAGAGAAUAAUGAGUCCGAAGUGUCACGCAUAAGUUAUCACACAGCUAAAAAAGAUUCCAGCAGUGAAAUAACCACUAGUUCCUAUAGUACAGCAUACGAUUAUUGCAAUCUUUUUAAGUAUGACUUGCCAGAUAAAGCAAAACAAGCUUUUGUCGGAGCAGAUGUUGGAGAUACUCAUUCAAACAAUAGUGAUUUGAUAUGUUUAUCACCAGAUAAUAAAAAUGAAAAUAUGUUAAAAAUAACAUCGGGCAGUAAAAAUGCAGAUAUUUCAAAAUUGUGCUUUGAUGUGGAUGACAAAAAUAUUACCCACAUUGAUUUGGAAUGUGAUGAUUCCAUAAUUGAUUUAGUUUCGGAUGAGGACAAUACAUAUGAUCAGGAUGAAAUAGAAGAAAUGAUUAAAUCUACUAUGUCUUUGAAUGCUAUCAAACAAGAAACUGAGUCCAGUCGACAAUCUAAAAAUGAAAUUGAUGUUAGUAAACAGUCAUUGAAUUUUGACGACACAAUGGAAGAGGUUGAUUAUCUAAUUAAUAAGUACAUGGCUCAAACAAAUGCUAAAAUUGCUAACAAUGCAAUUAAAAUGAAAGAAGCAGAAGCAGAAGCAGCAAAAGUUACUGAAACAAUUGAUUUAGUCCAUGAAGAAAAAACUCCAGGAAAAGUAUUUGAAGAACCUUUAGGAACAACUAAACGUUUAUAUGAACGCGGUGAGAAUAAGGAGAAUCGUUAUGCUUUCAACAUGAAUAUGCCUAAACUUGAUUUAUUUCAAAAUAUAAAAACACCAGUAAAGAAAACUAACAAUGAAUUCAAUAAUGUUGUCAGUCCAAUUAGAGCGUACAUUCACAAAACUUCAACCACACCACUCAUGACCAGAUUUAAGCCUAUUAGCACAACAUCAAACAUCAAUGAUUCGCCUGUUUUCAAGAAAUUGGAUUUCAUGUCACAUAAUGUUGGUAAAAUGUCGACCUACGAUGAGAGAGAUCUAAUACCAAAUGUACCAACAAAAUUACCGAAAAAGGCAUAUAUAUCUUCCGAAUGUAAAAAUUUUUUUGAUGAGCGACAACCAGUCAAAAUACCCGGUGGACCAAAGAUCCAUAAAUUCUUAGAUUCCGCUACGUUACCAGCUGUUGUUCGGCAUGAGGGUAAAACUAAAAUUCCACCUGGUUUGUUGGAUGCAUUUCCAAAAGAUGCAAAGAAGGAAGUUCCACAUCAAAAUGAUUCUACUUUAGUCGGUCUGGAGGUUCAAGAAGGUGAAAUGUCCGUUUACACAAUUAAAGAUGCUCAACAAUUUAAAUAAUUAAUUUUUAUUAUUUCAAUAACAUUUUCAAAUUCCUUAUUUUAAUUUUAAUUCG